GUUGUUGUACGAGAGAACUGCACUGGAAAAUGUCUGCUAAGCUUUUUGUGUCCUUUUUCUUUAAAAGUCUCAGUGAGAACAUGGUUAUCUUUGCACAUUGACGCAGGUUAUCUAUCUGUAAAUGUGUAAAUGCUUCAUAUUUCAAAGACAAAAGGCUGUAAGUCCGAAGCGGGAGGAAUUAUGAUAAUGUCGGUCUUCUCUACAUCACCAAUCCCAGGAAGUAAACUGUUGCCUACAAUCCAUGUGUUUGUUGUAGUCCAAUAAAAGAGGUUUACAUUGGAGACGAUAACUCAUAUCAUCGUUUACUUUGAGGUGUUGCUAUCAGUCCUUUAAAAUGGCAACAUAUCUGGCCUUAGUCACUGUUCUUAUCCAGCUUCUACUUGAUAAGGUGACAAGUGACAACAUCGACUUUUACAAUCUCAGUCCUGCCGUAGAAGGAACCCCUUACCCCAAUAGUUUCAAGUGCUUCACAUGUAAACAAGCCACAGACAACUACAGCUGUAAUCGCUGGGCAGAGGAUGUGUGGUGCCCUCAGAAUACCCAGUAUUGUAUGACAAUACAUCACUUUAACCACUAUGGGAAAACAAAAUCUGUCACCAAAAGAUGUGCAGUACAUGAAGAAUGCCGAUCAUCAGGCUGUAAACAUCAUAAAAAUCCACAUCACAUGGAGUGUGUGUCUUGCUGUGAAGGAAUGGUUUGUAACGUAGAGUUGCCUACCAAUCACACUAAUGCAGUGUUUGCUCAGAGACGAACCCACAGCUCAGCAGCAUCAACUUUCAGGACUUGGAAUUCUGUUUUCCUUCUCAUCACAGCUUUGACUGGACUAUUACCAUUGUGAUCCUUAAUCAAAACAACCUGGUUAAUAGCACUACAAAUGAAUGACUCAUCACCACGGAGACAGCAUCCACACUGGUGCUGACUGAUGAAUGUUUUUAUGACAUCAUACCCAACAGUUGUUCAGCAUCCAAAGGAAAUGAAAAAAUGUGAUGUGGGCUCGGUUAGGAGAGCUGCAUCCUGCAUUGUCCGGUCAGAUCCGAAUGAACAAGAUCUGUUAAUGCAUUUCAAGUGCAGCUUGUGCUUACUAAUGAUGCUCUUGACAGGACAGGAAAACAGACGUAGUGUUAAGCAGAAAAGCCAGUGGAUGUUAAUAGUGAUGCCUCACUGGAUUUGUAUUGACCAAACUUAGGCAGUAACUGAGCAAUGAGAGUCUCUAUGCAUGGAGGACGGACUCGCUCAAUGGCUCUGAUCCCAGAUUCUGUCAAACAACCCAAGCACAGCAAAAAGAGGAUGAGGAACGUAUUGUUCCUUCUAAACAAUGUGGAAAGACUUAAAGAGAUGUUGAUCGCAGAGAUAUAUCACUUCUUUAAAAGCAUGGGCCAGGAUAAAAUCACAGAUAAGCACUAAUGAAUGAAUUAAGUAUUUAUGAUAUAGGCCAUUGUUGUUUGCCUAUAGCCACUGAGUUUAUUCCUUGGCAUUUUAUUUUCCCAAAGAAAUAAUAAAAUACAAAUUGAACAUCUGAAUUCAAGAACAAAAUGAAAUAUAAUUUAAAUAUGCCUAUAAAAGAAUGCCUAUAAACGUUAUUAAUAAAAAAAAAAACUUAAACUGCAGAUGUGUUUGUUGCUUAGAUAAACUUGACAGUCAGGUUGACCCCUUCGCAUGCUGGAUUGAUGUGAGUUGAUAUGACAAAUAGUCUUGUUUACCUUCACUGGUUGUAGCUCUGAGGCUUGUCAGAGAUUGUAAAUGAUUCCUCAUCUCUUUAAUCUAUAACAUACCGCUGUGCUUUUCGUGUGUGACCAGCGGGGCUCUCUGCACAUAACAUAAAGCUUUUUAAAAACUUCUCUCCUUGCUGAUCUGAAAACAGUUUUGUGUUUUUAUAUGAGACAGUCUGGGUUUGAAUUAAGAGAAAGGAGCUGAACCAUGAUCAGUACAAAAGAGCAACUCCACCCCCAGAGCCCAGAGCACAAUGAACAGAUUCCCAAGAGGAUCCCGGUGUGGGACACAAAGCCAUUGACCAUUUAUAUUAUUGCUGUCUGGAAUAAUGAGGGAAUUCCAGACUGAACAUGACAUAUUACUUCAAUAUUUUUGUCUUGGGUAUGUGUUUCUUUAGCUUCUUCGCCUAGGAAGACAAAAUGUGUGCUCUGUGUAUUGCUUUAAAUCGAAUCACAGGUUUAACAGGUUUGUGUGAGAGUAAGGUGCAGAGGAAGCGGGCAAUAGAUGUCGAAAUGCAAUUUAAUGCACCAUUUGGGGCGGUUUCCCGGACAGGGCUUAAGAUGGUCCUAGACUAAAAUGCUUUUUUGAGAUUUUUGUCUUAACUUAAAACAGUUUGCACAUAUUUUAAAAUAUAUCAGUACCAUUGUUUUGUUUCAAGAUUCACACACGUGUUUUUGUAAGGUUUAUUUAAACAACUUUUUAACCUUUUAAAAUCUAAACCGGGUCCGGGAACCACCCCUAUAAGUUACAUUUACUUACUGUAUAUGUGUUAGCAAUUUUGGUUAUGCAGGCUUUUUGAACCUAAAACUGCUCAUGUUAAAAAACAUACACUUUAGACAUAUAUUGUACAUUAUAUCAAUACGGCAAUAUUGUUAUUUAUUUAUUGAUUACCUUUUGUGUUUUUUUCCUGUCUUAGGAAAUAUUCUUAAAAAAAAAGAAGAAUGUGAUCAAGUCUGAAAAAUCCAGACUAAAGUUUCUUAAUCUAAUUUUGAAAUUAAGAGCAUCAAUGUAGUAAUAGCAUUAAACAUUGAGAUCAAUCUUUGGCCUUACUCAGUAAAUAUUAAAGAUAUCAUGCUUAUAUUUUCACAUAAUGUUCUUAUAUGGAUGAAUUUAUGUAGAAAACAGUAAAUCACAAAAAAUUGACUUAAGCUGGGUUCUCACAUACUAUCUUAGUAUAAAAACCAUAGGAAAUCUUCAUUCAAACACAUGUUACUGUAUAUUUUGUGUGUUUCUUCUUAGAUUAUUGUUUAGGUUGCCAUAGGGAGAACUGAUUAUAACAAAUCUUUACAACAUAACGGUCUGUUUGUGUGUGUCCUGCUCUGCUCACUGUCUCGCCGUGUGUGCUGUUUGCACUGGCUGCUGUCUCUCUUUGUUCUCGUUUUAUUAGGCGUGGAGUUGGAGUCUGUCACUUCCAGCCUUUGGAGAGUCAUUUAUCUCCCAUUGAGGAAAACAGUAUCAAUGUGGCAGCCCUCAUACAACUCCUGCAUCCU